GAAACGCAUUAUAAUGCGCAACGUACUUUUGCAGUGUUGGCAAUGCGUUCAGAAAUGCAAAUAUGGCAGUACUGCAAAUGCAUCGCGUUCCAAAACGCCAUUUUUGUAUCAAACGUCACGCAUUAUUUGCAGGAAAAAUUUUAAUACUGCCGCUGAUUACGCUAAUAUGAUGUCUGAUGAAAACGAUUAUCUAAGUACAUCGGAAGUAAAGUUGCUUCUUAGAGUCCGACUGAGCAUGGAAAGUGAAUUUGCUUCAGGGAGGAGGAAAAAGAGUGUUUUGUGGAAUAAGGUGGCGGAAGAAAUAAAAAAACUUAAUAAAGAUUUGAAAAUAGACGGGCAAAUCGCGCAGCGAAAAUUUUCUAAUUGUUUCAAAAAAAAAAUUUUUUUUUUCAAAAUUGGAAAAGUAAUGAAUUACAAUCACAAUAAAUUAAAAAGCAUUAACGACUAGGAAAAAAAGAUUUAUUUUUGGGAAUUUUUCGUUUAAAUGAACAUCUUACUAUAUGUGAUCUUCUUUUUAGCUUUACGUCUUUUUUUUCUUAAAU